GUUGCGCCGCGCUGCCGUCCACGUCGCGUUCCCGGUGUCGGUUCGUCCGAGUUGCAUGCGUUCGGCUUUCUCCGCUCGCUCGGGUGUGUUCGUGUGUUGUCUGUGACUUGCGCCCCUUUCGUACCCCUCGUCAGGUGUUUACGGCCCGCUCGGAUAUAUUCGCCGUGUGUCGAAAUGUGAUGCCCAUGUGGAUUAAUUAUGUGUUCGUAAGAUGAUCAGGAAAAGCGAUGCGGGCUGACACGGCCUCGUGGCUGGCGGCCGGCGUGGCAGGGCCGCUGGUCGGCGUCUGGCUCGGCUGGGCCGCGCUGAUCGUCUACUCGCACCGCGCGCAAUGGCGGCUCCUGGACCCGCUCCUGCUGGCCCUCCUCCUCCUGGCGCUCGCCCGGCAACUCGCCGCCGCCGCCCUCACGGCCGUCCACCUCCUCCGCCCCUCGGACGACUGGUGCUCCGCGCUCGCCUUCCUCCUCGCCGCCGCCGACGCCAUGCAGGCUGCCACCCUCGCCACCCUCGUCUUCUCCAAGUUCCUCCACCUCCGCCUCCCCCGCGACAAGUUCCGCAAGACCCUCUCCAAGUCCCACCUCAUCUACCACCUUGCCUGCCUCGUCCUCAUCAGCUCCUGCAUCGGCGUCGCCGCCGUCAUCGGCAAGACUGACCAUUGUGUCUACUAUUCUGACAAGAGGUACAUCUCCUUCUGGCUGACGCUCCACAGCGCCCUGAUCGUGCUCUCCUUUUGCGUGCUGAUCUACAGCAGCUGCCUCCGCGGGAGCGUAGGCACCUCUGUCUCCAACACCUACUACCAAAACCAGCGACGCCUCCUGCUCAACUCAUCCUCCGACCUAUCGUGCGCCUUGUCGGACAUAUCCAUGCUCUCGUCCAAGUCGCGGAACCGCGGCGUCAACUACUCGGUGAGCAACUGCUCCUCCAACUUGAACCGACGGCACUGCCUGGUGGAGGAGCUCCUGCGCAACCAGGUCUACGUAAACGGGGACUGCAAGUUCGUCUACAACACCCAGCUGAGCUGCGGCUCGGGGUCCGUGUUGAACGACAAGUUGAGCGCGUCCCAGCAGAUGCUCACCGAGGAGUUGAGGGUCCCGGAGGAAGCGAGGUUGAUGGAGGACUCGGCGAGCUGCGCUGCGCUCCAUGACUGCCAUCUCUCGACGACGACCACUUCGCCCUCGUCGACCAACAGUCGGGCGCCGGUCCUAGCGGCCAAGCAUCGGCGGCCUGACCUGGAGGUCCAGCUCAUCACCGUCGCGGCUGUCUCAGUUCUCUGCUUCUUCACCAGUCAUCUUCCUGUCAUGCUUCGGCUGGGCGCGCAAGGCACAACGGAGUGCAAGGUGGUGGUGUCAGCGGCAGCAAUAGCGCCCAAGUGCGUCUAUUGA